CUGCUGUGCUCACAGAAAACUUCCCCAUAAAGUAAACAGACGUUAUAAUUGAGACAAACGGAACAAGCGACAGGAGUUGUGUAAUCUUCACAGUCCUGCUGGGGAGCGAGGCUUCCUGUGACACAGCGAACAAUGCGGGGAAGAAAUGGCUGAUUUGUCUCUGCUGAAUUUUGCUCAGCUUGUGGGUCUGAGUUUCCCCUCUUGUGUUUCCUGUCAGAGCAGCAGAGAGCUCAGCACAGGAAGAAGCGUCUGUGCCCUCUGCAGUUCUCUGGGUCCUGGCCCCAGGCUUAACCUGCAGAGCUCCGUUCUGUCCCCAUCAGGGUGAUGGCACCUCAGGCCAAACCUAUCAUAGUGCCCUUCUGGCUCAUGUGUCUCUGCUCCAUUGCGUUGGCUGGGGUUCACCGCCUCUCCUAUCUCCAGCUCAUCUCCCCAGAGGGGGCCCCUGGGCUGCCCAGGCGGCUGAGUGUGGAGAGAAUGAAUGGCCUGGUGCUCUCAGCCUAUGACAGCAACACUGGUAGGAUGGCUCCCCGCAACGGCUACACCCCAGGGGACAAGAACAGUCACCAGCUCUGGACCGUGCGCAGUGCUCGGUGCCCAGUCUGGGACUCCUGGGUGGAGACCGAGUACCAGGCCCUGGUGCGUGAAGUGAACGCCAGCUCCCCAAAAACAGAGCCCUACUACAUGCAGGUCCUGAAGACCUGUGAGCUGGAUGAUGCCACUGGUGCUGUCCGAGCUGUCACCAGAUAUUCCCUCAAUGGGGACGACGUGCUGCUGUACCAAGCCGACCAGAAUCGCUGGUUCUCGAUGCAUCCAGCGGCCUGGCGAGUGGCAGAGCGCUGGAACAGCGAAGGGGAGACUUUUGGUGUGAUGAAACUGUUCACACCCCAGCGAUGCAGGCUCUGGAUUGAAAGCUCUGUGCCAUUCACUGCUCAGAAAACAGCCCAGCCCAUAGUGCAUGUGGCCCUUGUCCCAGGAACUCAGGACCAGCCGUGCCGCCUCAUCUGCCAUGUGACAGGGUUCUAUCCCCGUGACAUCGAGGUGGCCUGGGAGCGGGGAGGCCAGUUGGUCCAGGGGGAGCAGCUGACCAGUGGGAUCCAGCCAAAUGGAGACCCCACCUUCCAGAUCCAGGUGUCCAUUGAGCUGGGGCAGAAAGGGGUCGGCCCUACUGAGCAUGUGUGUGUGGUGAGACACAUCAGCCUGGGGGGUGAUCCCCUGAGGAUGACCUGGGAUUCCCAGACCAUGGGCCAAGCUCAUGUCCCAUUGAUCAUUGCUGGCUGCACCCUCACUGUGCUGGGCGCCGGGGCCCUGGGCUGGUACCUGAGCAGGAGGAAAGGGGGCAAUAAGGGGCCGUAUCACCAGGCGCAGACACAGCCAUGGACCAUCGACUCUGCUCCAGCCACCGCUAAGACAGCAGGAGGUGCCUUUUCCACGACAUUUUCUCUCCUGGAUGCCACCGAGUGACCAGAUGUGAAGCUGGCUGUGCCAGGGCUAUCAGCUGAGCCACAUGGACCAUCUCUGGCAAAGAGGAGCUGCUGGGGGGUCACGGAUAAGGCCAAUAUCCCUGAGGUUACAGAGUGGGAUGGGAUGUACCUCUGCUGAACCUCUGUCCUGUGCUGUUCCCCACUCCCCAAUCAUCCCUGUGCCCCAUAGAUGCCAGGCCCCCUAAAACCACCCCUAGUUUCCAUUCUUUGUCCUCAGCCAGGCGGCCUCUCAGUCAUUCUCCGUUUGUGAAUUUGUGGCACAUUUAGAUACAUGACUCAUCAGUACAAGUUUCACUUUCAGAAAGUUUUUUUAUUAGAUUCAUGUCAUAUAUAUAAACCUCCAACGAACUUACCUAGGUCCCUGAGGCUCUGUGUGCAUGUAACUUAGGGAUAAGUACGCUGUCCCUGGGAGGAAGGGAAGCUGAGGCAAGACUGAGUCUGCUGGACAGCUAAGAGGGAGAGAGGAGAGACACAGUUUAGGAUGAUGGGCUACUGUUGACUUGCAGGAGGGUAGCAGGCAGCCUUCUCAGAGGAGGGGGCAGAGUCAAAUGGUUGAGAAGUGAAAGAGCGGGAAGAAGAACAAGCCUGACCAAUAGGGAGUGAGAUGCCUUCCCCGGGAGCUUGGGGAGGGGGUCAGGGAAGCCAUUUUGGAGAGUCUGGGUGUGUGGGGAGUGGGCUGGUUCAAGGCCUGCAUGUAGGGUUUCCUCUGAGAACUGGCUUCUGGAGACCUGGGUCGAGAUUCCUCAGCUUGGUGCUUUCACUCUUCAAGUUACUCCCAGUUAGUAGAGCUUUGCUGGUAAAACUUCCCCCAGCCAGACUGAGUUAGCACCAGUUACCUAGGUGAGAUCUGUCACCACAUGGCAAGCUCUGCUCUGGCUGCUAGUCCAGGGCUCCCACCAGCUGUGAGUCUGUCUGAGCGCUAAGGUAGGACACUAAAGUUUGGAUUUUUAGUAUAGUUUUGUAACCUGCACCUUGAGCUUUGCACCCCUUUGAGGCCAGAGGAAAUCCUGGGAUCAGAAGCAGCCUGACUCCUGCACAAAGGGGACACCUUCCAGUAGUGAUCAUCAGCCCCCUGAGGAUCAUCAUCAUCUCUGAACCUGAGGAUCAUUUUCAGCAUUGUGAGUGCGCCAUGUUUUAGUUAGCUGGUCAGGGAAUUUGUUUAGGAGACUCCUUACUUCCUGAACUGUUGCCCUGAAGCCAGAGGGUCAGGGUUUGAGGAUUUUAUUACCUGCUGCCUAUUAAACAAUGGAGGGACUUAUCAUCUUAUACAGGUGUGAGUUUUUUGGGCUCUACUAAACCUAGUCAGCCAAUUUGCUAACUGCGGCACAGAAGAUACCACGGUCACAGGUCAUCAAGGGCCCCUACAAAGUAUACGGAGCAACGGGACACUAAUUUUACAUUUGCUGUAUCAGGUCACAUGACUGGGAAAAUUCAAGGGUAUUAUCAGUGUGGGCACUGGUGGUCCUGAAACUAGUGUUUUAUCCUGUUAUAUUAUGUUAUGUUCUAUCUCCUGUUUAAUAUAAUUACUAUAUUGGA